UCAAUUUCUGUUAAACUCAUUUAUGUUUUCGUCGUGUAUUGCAGACAAACGAUUGUGAUUUUCGUACAGUGUUUCGUACUGUAUGGAUAAAAAAACAAGUGAAUUUUUAUCGGAUUUAUUGGUUUAUCCGCAUUCAAAUAACAUCUCGUUCGUUUUUACUGUCCUCUCUUUGCCACAUUAGUUAUAGCUGAAAGCAUUACGCUUUAUUGAUUAUACUUUUGUUACGUUAAAUAUGGAAAAAAACGCUGCAGAUGUGUACAUUCCGGCUUUUUAUGCCGGCCGUAGUAUCUUCAUCACCGGAGGCACUGGAUUUUUAGGAAAAGCACUUAUCGAAAAGCUCUUGCGAUCGUGUCCCGAUGUGGCAGAAAUAUAUGUGUUGAUAAGGCCGAAGAAGGGAUUAAGCGUUAGGGAGAGACUUAAGAAGAUAUUAGAUAACAAGCUUUUCGACGUAUUACGAAGCAAGCAACCAUCUAGUUUUGAUAAAGUCAUUCCUAUAACUGGUAAUGUAGCUGCUGAAAAUUUGGGAUUGUGUGAGGCCGACCGGGAGAAAUUGAUCGAUAAAGUGUCUAUAAUUUUCAAUGUUGCGGCUAGUGUCAGAUUUGAUGAAUCACUUAAAGAUGCGAUUUUCAACAACACUAGAUCAACUCGCGAUCUUUGUAUCUUAGCUGAAAAUAUGAAACAAUUGGUGGUGCUAUUACAUGUGAGUUCGACUUAUGCACACACAGACAAACCUGUGGUGGAGGAGAUUUUAUAUCCCUCGGAUUCGAAUUUUGAUUGGAAAAAAACGAUUAAGAUCGUCGAGUCCAUCGACGAUCAUGUUCUCAGAAUAUCAACAGCGAAAUAUUUGGGUAUAAUGCCAAAUACCUAUACAUUUAGCAAAAGAUUGGCCGAACAAAUUAUAAGUGACUAUUCCGAAUCACUGCCUUCCGUGAUCAUUAGGCCUUCGAUAGUCAUAUCGACAUUGGAUGAUCCUGUUGCAGGAUGGAUAGACAAUUUUAAUGGCCCGAUUGGAAUGCUAAUCGGUGGUGGUAAAGGCGUAUUGCGUGUGUUGUGGUCCGAUCCUACAAUUAUUUCAGAUUUUGCGCCAGUUGAUGCAGCAAUCAAGGGAAUAAUAAUUACAGCUUGGAAACGUGGAAUCAAAACUGAGGAUAAAACGACUGACGUCUAUAAUUGUUCAUCAAGUCAGAUGAAGUCCAUGUCCAUAGAUCAUAUUGUUCGCAUAGGAUUUAGCUUUAUAAAAGACGUCCCUAUGAACAAUACAAUUUGGAAGCCGGGAACAACAAUAACAAAAAGCUAUUGGAUUUAUUAUAUAUCAGUGUUGUUGUUGCACAUUUUGCCAGCAAUAUUCUUAGAUGGAGUUAUGAAGUUACUUGGUGUUCGCCCAAUCUUGUUCAGAAUUCAAAAAAAGGUAUACGUGUCUAACAAAGCCUUGUCGUAUUUUUUAUUCAAUCAAUGGAAGUUUGUUAACACGAAGUUGCUAACUACGUUAGAUAAUCUUAGUGCCGAUAAUAAGAAAGAAUUCGAAUUUCCUUAUCAAGUUGUCGACUUAUUGGAGUACUUUAAGAAAGGAAUGAUUGGUGCAAAGUUGUACUUACUAAAUGAAAAGAUAAAUGACCCAGAAACCAAACGUCACUAUAACAGGUGAGGCGCAUCUUAUGAAAUAGGAUGAUAGGGUCUUGCUGCAACUGUUGAUUAUUCUCGUCUAGAAUCCAUUUUUAUCGGAAACAUUCUUCGAGGUUAAUUAAGUGAUGUGGUAGUGUUUCACUUUAAGUACAUGUGCCAUAUAGUUUUCACAAACAAUCGAAAGUAAAAGAUUAGUUAUACAUAUUGUAAAGUUAAAGUCACAUUGAACACGCGCCAUCUAAGAAUCCGACAUAACGUCAACUACACUGCACACGGGACGAAAAAAUUAUACUUUAUCAUAAAAUUAAGAUAACGGCAAGAUUAUUAAGAAAGAUAAUACGGAGCAAUAGAAAAAUUAAUAAGUAGAUGAAAAGUUAACAACAGCGCUACCUGACGUCGCAAAGUUACGUACACACAGCGUUGUUUGGUCGAUCGUGGUGUUGUCAGCUGGAAAUUAGGUCAUAAGUUUUGUACGUGAAAACAACUCUACAAAGCUCGACAACCGACAAAAACAUUCGACAAAUCGAAUAAAACCGACAAAAUUUUACUCAAAAGAAUCAGAUGUUUGCUAGACUUUUUGUCUAAUUGCAGCGUUUGUUUCAACACAAUUGACAAAUUAACUUUUUUUUUGUUGAGAAACAUUAUAAAUUACAUAUGUUAUAUUUA